AUGUCAGAGUCCCUCCUGAAUUUCCUAUCGUCCAUUGGCGAGGAAGUCGUUGAUGCCGAGGAAGAAUCCUUCCUCCUCUUCUCCCGCACCAUUCCCUCCAACAAUCUGGGUUUCGUCAACUCCCGCACCACAGCAAUAGACCUCUCCAUCCACAACAUAGACUACACAAUCCGCCAAUCCCCCACCCUCCUCUCCUCGACCCGAGACGGCGGCACAACAGGCGCCGUACUAUGGAAGAUCACCCCUUUAUUCGCAUCAUGGAUCUCAGCCGUGACGACCAACCCGUUUUGGUCUGGAAUACUGGGCGCGGAUACGAGUGUGAUUGAGCUGGGUUGUGGAAUUUCGGGGCUUGUGGCGCUUACGUUGGCGCCGUUGGUGAGGAAGUAUGUUGCUACGGAUCAGGAGUACGUGCGUCGAUUCUUUGGGAUGAAUAUUGAGGAGAAUGCGCAUUCUGUUCAUUCGUCUUCGAAAAGGGGGUCAUCGAAAAAGGGGCAUAGACGAGAGAAUACGAAACGCAGCAAAAGUAACAACAUACAAUUCAUCCCGUUGGAUUGGGAAUUGGAUAUACCCAGCAACCAGACCCUGCACAACACUAACAAUAGCGAUACGGACGAUGGUCCUGGAAGCGAAAAUGGAUUUGAUAUCAUCAUAUCCUGCGACUGCAUCUACAACGAAGCACUCAUUCCAUGCUUUGUACGUACAUGUGCCGAUAUAUGCAACUUACGAUCCACUCAGCCCGAGCAAGUCGAACCCAAAAAUCCAACGAUGGCCAUAAUAGCGCAACAGCAAAGAUCACCGGAUGUGUUUGAGGCGUGGCUCAAGGAGUCGUUGAAAUAUUUUCGGGUUUGGAGGGUUGAGAAGUUUAGUAGUACUGUCGCAGGGCCUGAGGGGGAUGAGAGCGGGUUAGGGGAUGGGAGUGGGUAUGUGGUUCAUGUUCUUGUGCUUAGGGAGGGUUUACGGACUGCCUCUUAG